AGAUCACGAUCGGUUCAUUAUUUGACAUACAAUAAUCAUUAUCUUUUAGAGGGGAUAACUUCAUCAAUGGAAAUGACGAAGCGCACGCAAUUGUUCUUUCCUCUGCUCAUCCUGUCUGUCUUCCUGGUGGGUUCGAGCAUGGCAGCAACAGAGAAUGUCAUUAGGGACAACAUACUGGAAUGGGUGAAAAACGAUACCCACCGCUUCCUCAAUGCCGUUAUUAGAGUCGGUGAUCUGAAUCGCACAGUCGAGUUUUAUAAGGAGUGUUUUGGGAUGCAGUUGUUGAGCCAAAAAGAUUUCCCUGAGAAGAAAUACACCAAGGCCAUAGUUGGUUUUGGACCUCAGGAGUCUCACUUUGUGCUGGAGCUGAUAUAUAUCUACGGAGUCGAGAAAUAUGAUGUUGGUACAGCAUGGGCGCACUUUGGAAUUGCGGCUGAAGAUAUAUAUCCAAUUGUGGAGAAAGUAAGAUAAAUAGGUGGCGUCAUCACGAAAGAACCGGGGACAAAUGAAGGGGGAUCGCAAGUCUACGCUUUUGUGGAGGAUCCGAAUGGCUACAGCUUCGAGCUCCUCCAGCGAGGGCCGACUCCUCAACGACUCAACCAUUUCAUGCUUCAAGUGACCGAUCUGGAUCGCGCCACCAGUUUCUACGAGAAGGCAUUGGGCAUGAACAUACUCUUGAAGUACGACAGCCCUCAAGAUCAGUUUGCAAUAGCUAUGGUGGGUUAUGGAACAGAUUAUACUCAGACAGUUGUCAUUGAGCUCAGGUACAACUACAAUGUGACCGAGUACACCGCAGGCAACGCGUAUGUUCAUGCCGCGAUAGGCACCAAUGAUGUGUACAAAAACGCUGCGGCUGUUGCACUCGUUACACAAGAACUUGGAGGAAAGAUCAUUCGCCCGCCAGGCCCGAAUCCUGUAACCAACACCAAGAUGACUUCAUUCCUCGACCCUGAUGGCAGGAAAACCGUUUUGGUGGACAAUGAGGAUUAUCUGAAAGAGAUAAAGAAUAACGGCCAGUGAGAUGGGCAGCUUCAUAUUGUGCAAAUAAUUGGUUCCCGAGGACAGAGAGAAACAGAAUAAAACAGCAGUGAAGUAGCGUCGACAAAGAUUGAUUCUGAUUGCAUUUCUCUACAUUUAGCAUUUAAAUUGUUCAUUGUAAGGCAAAUAACUUGGAUUGCUCAUUGUACAGCAAGACAGUUUGUUAUAAGAUCAUACUUAUUAUUUGGAAAA